CUUGAGAACUAUGCUUUGAGAAAUAUUACAGUAAAUGCUAGUGCCAACAAUGGUAGUAUACGAGCAAGAAUAUCCCCCAAUUCUUUGGGCCGCAAUCAUCUUGGUCAUGUGGGCAAGAUACAGACUUCGAGAUAAGUUUGCAUGACAAACAGAAACACAGAGCUCCUACGGUAAGAUUCCGGCCUAAUGGCCGGAAUCAUCGCCGCAUGUGUUUUUAAAAGCGGCGCGCCGCCGCCGGUGUUGGAGUUUUGACCUGACAGACAAGCACAGAACAUUCAACACCACCGAUCACGUGCACACCACCACCUCCCUACACAUUCUGCCACUCUCAUCCUGCCUCAUUUAUUACCUUCCUCACAUUCUUAGGCCCGAUCUCACUUAUCCAGUGUACCCUCACUCUUCACAAUGGGUUCUCUCGAAGGCCUUGCCCCUGCACCAGACUUCUUCGUCCUCGACGAUGCCAGGCCGGAGGACAAGUCCCUCCAGGCCUUUAUGGUGUCCAAGAGCCGAGGAUUCCUUCCCAGAAUGGACCCAGUCGUCACCCUGCCCUCUGAGUUCGACCCCCUUGAGUCCAUCCUCAAUCGCAUGCCCGUCAAGACAUUGUCAGGGGAACCAGGUCUCCUUGCUGAUGGCAAGCUCGGCGAUGUUGUCAAGGCAGAGCUGCCUGACCUCACCGAUGCCAUGGACAAGUACAAGGAUAACCUGCCCCUGAUGAAUGCUUUGUACCGCGACUAUUCCUUCCUUGCCUCAGCGUACCUCCUUGAGCCAUGCCAUCAGCGCUUCAUCAAGGGUGAGGAGUAUGGCCUCGGACGGGACGUCUUGCCAGCCAACAUUGCUCGUCCUAUUGCUCGUUGUGCUGAACUUACUGGCUUCAAGCCUUUCAUGGAGUACGCCGGGUCAUAUGCUCUUUACAACUACAAGUUGGUUGAGCCUGCUAAGGGUCUCGAGUAUGACAACUUGAGGUUGAUCCGAGCCUUCGAGCAUGGCCUCGACCCCUUGUCCUCGGAGGCGGGUUUUGUCCUUGUCCACAUCGACAUGGUACGCAACUCAGGCCCGCUUGUCACGGGUGUUGUGGAGGCUCUUGAUGCCUGCAAAGUCGCCGCUCCCGGAACCUCCAAGGAGCGCCGCGAAAAGGUCAACAGCGGCUUGGCCAAGAUUCUCGAGGCCAUGAAGAAGAUUAACGAGGUCAUGGAAACCAUGUGGCAAAAGUCCAAGCCCCGCAGCUAUACCUCCUUCCGUACUUUCAUCUUCGGCAUCACCUCGCAGAGCAUGUUCCCCAACGGAGUCGAGUAUGAGGGCGUCAGCAACGGCGAGCGCUGGGAUUUCCGCGGCGAGUCGGGGGCUAACGACUCGAUAAUUCCUACCGCCGACAACUUUUUUUGCGUAGCCAUGCCCACGACGCCGUUGACCGAGAUCCUGAAAGACUUUAGGCAAUACAGGCCCAGCAACCACCGCCAGUGGCUGGAAUGGGUUAAGAACAGCUCCGCCUCUUGCGGCUUGAAGCAGUUCGCUCUUGGCUUGGACAAGGCCGAUGAUGACACUGACGAGGCAGCGCUUCUGCAGUCCCGGGCAUUGUGGAUUCAGUGCUUGGACAGAAUUCGCGAGUUCAGAUGGCGGCACUGGUGCUUUACGAGGGAGUUCAUCCUGAAGCAGACCAGCCACCCCACGGCCACCGGUGGUAGCCCCAUUGUUACAUGGCUGCCCAACCAGCUGACUGCUGUUCUCAACGAAAUGGCCAACGUCUAUGAAAUCUCGACGAAGAACGGCGAGAAGCUGGGUGAGGUGGUCGAGGACAUCAUGGACCUGGCCACCCGCCAGAGGGAGACUUUGGCCAAGGAGGUUGCCAAGUACUGCCAGGAGCGUGGCGUUGACCCUGCCAAGCAAGGCCUGCGUGUUUAGAACAAGAAUUACGAGCAAAAUGAAGAUGACAAAACGAAGAGAAUACCCGGGUUCGAAGUAAGAUGAGUUGACAAGGGAGGGCUUGCAGGAGGUCGCGCAGUAUAUAGUAAACUUGAUUUUUGGGUCUUAGUAAAUAAAAGCGUUUGGAAAGCAAUUGCGAUAAUCCCAGAAUCCGAGUCUGAAGCCCCGAAUCUUGCACAUUGUCAUU